UUAACAUUCAAUAUGGCGGCCCAGACGUCCACUGUGAAAUUUAGCGAUAUUUAUGAAUUAAAGGAGGAAUUAGGGAAAGGAGCAUUCUCUAUCGUAAGACGAUGCGUGCAGAAAACAACUGGAUUAGAAUUUGCUGCCAAGAUAAUUAAUACAAAGAAAUUGUCUGCCAGAGAUCACCAAAAAUUGGAAAGAGAAGCAAGGAUAUGCCGGCUGCUGAAGCACCCCAAUAUAUUUCAUCUUUCAUUGUACCUUGUCACAGGUGGUGAAUUGUUCGAAGAUAUUGUAGCUAGAGAGUUUUACAGUGAAGCGGACGCCAGUCACUGCAUGCAGCAGAUAUUAGAGAGUGUAAACUAUUGUCACCAACACGGAAUCGUGCACAGGGACUUGAAGCCCGAAAAUCUCCUUUUAGCUAGCAAAGCCAAAGGUGCAGCAGUGAAACUUGCAGAUUUUGGGCUUGCCAUCGAAGUACAAGGAGACCAACAAGCUUGGUUUGGUUUUGCUGGUACUCCAGGAUAUCUUUCACCAGAAGUUCUAAGGAAAGAUCCAUAUGGCAAACCUGUGGAUAUCUGGGCAUGUGGGGUUGUGCUGUACAUUCUGCUUGUGGGUUACCCUCCUUUCUGGGAUGAAGACCAACACCGCUUGUAUGCUCAAAUCAAAGCCGGAGCUUAUGAUUACCCAUCCCCAGAGUGGGAUACGGUGACCCCAGAAGCCAAGAACCUCAUCAACAGUAUGCUCACAGUGAACCCCGCCAAGAGGAUCAAUGCGUCAGAGGCGCUGAAGCACCCCUGGAUUUGCCAGAGGGAACGUGUGGCUUCAGUGGUGCAUAGACAAGAGACUGUUGAUUGCCUCAAGAAGUUCAACGCCAGACGGAAACUCAAGGGUGCCAUCUUGACCACUAUGCUAGCAACCAGAAACUUCUCAAGUCGAAGCUUGAAUGUGAAGAAGAAUGAUGCCAUCAAAGAGUCCACAGAGAGCAACACCCUUGAGGAUGAAGACUCUAAAGCUGUAUCAGUGAAAUGUGACUUGGAGAGUCGAAAGCAGGAGAUCAUUAAGCUGACAGAACAACUGCUUCAAGCCAUUACCAGUGGUGACUAUGGAGAAUACACGAAACUGGUUGAUCCCCAUUUAACAUCAUUUGAACCUGAAGCCUUGGGAAAUUUAAUAGUUGGUCUGGACUUCCAUAAAUUCUACUUUGACCAUGGUAAGUACCCUUCAGCCUUUGUUGUGAGUAUGCCGGUACUAGAAUGGUAGUUGAGUGUCUGACAGUGAGUGUCAGUGUUCCUCAAGCCUACUUAACUCAACACGCUUGCCUAUAUCGUUAGCACCAUCAACUGUGCAUAAUUAUAGUUCCAACUUAUAUAUAUAUAUUUAUAACUCAAGUCCGUAAGGCUGUAAGCUUUAUCUGAAACCUUGCAUUUUCAUAAAGUAGACUGAUCAUUUGGUACUUUCUAAACCAGUAUUAGCACAGUCAUUUUCACCCCUUGCUUUAGGGUGUGUGUAUCUUUGUGUCUGCGGCUCUUCUAUGUUUGUAACUAUCAGGUGUUUUAUCUGCUACCUAGGUUUUAGUACAGUGUU